CGUAACUUACAAAAGCACCCUGCAUUGGAAACCGGGGUCCUGACUUGGAGCCGAGGCAUCCCAUGCAUUUCCCCAUAUCGGCAGGGGGGAACGACCGGCAUUGGCGCGGGCCAUUGAACGGCUCAUCCCGUUUAACAUGCACUUCACAACCACACCUCUCAACCGUGAAUCUUACUUUUGAAACCAAAGCCUCCAUCUCCAUACCACACACCCCAAAAUGAAGAUCUCAGGCCGCACCUUCGUCGUAUCAGGCGGCGCCUCCGGUCUCGGCCGGGCCUGCGUGCGCGACAUCUGCGCGCUCGGCGGGCACGCAGCAAUCCUGGACAUGAACGAAGAGCUCGGCAGCGCGCUAGUCCAAGAACUCGGCGGCUCCCAAGCCAAGUUCCUGCCAUGCGACGUGACCGACACGGACAGCAUCGCCGGCGCGGUGGCGGCAGCGGUGGCGUGGGCAUCCGAGACGGGCAAGCCGCUGGGCGGGGUGAUUCCCGCGGCGGGGGUGGGGUUCCCGGGCUUGGUGCUGGACAAGCAGCUGCGGCCGGUGUCGCUGGAGAACGUGGACCUGGUGCUGCGCAUCAACCUGCGGGGCACGCUGGACCUGGUGCGGCAGGUGCUUCCGCAUCUGGGGGCGGUGGAGCCCGAGGGUGUGGAUGGGGAGCGCGGCGUGGUGGUGAUGGUGGCGAGCGCGGCGGCGUUUGAGGGGCAGAUGGGCCAGGUGGCGUACGCGGCGAGCAAGGGGGCCGUGGCGGCCAUGACGCUGCCCAUGGCGCGGGACCUGUCGCGGUUCGGCAUCCGUGUUGUUACCAUUGCCCCGAGCAUGUUCGAGUCCAACAUGACGGCGCACAUGUCGGACAAGGUGCGCGUGGGGCUGAAGAAGGCCAUGGAGUUCCCCGCGCGGCCGGGGCAGCCCGAGGAGUUUGCUUCGCUGGUCCGGCAGGCAAUUGAAAAUGUCAUGUUGAACGGGGUAGUGAUUAGGUUGGAUGGAGCGACACGAAUGCCCAGCAAGUUGUGAUCAAGUGGGUGGGAUUGGAUGUGUUGCUUCAUACAAUGCUGGGAGGACCUGGUUAUUGUCGAAACAAUCUCAAGAAGGCGAGCCGCAGCCAGUGGAAUGUCCUACAAAUAUGAUAGACUGCUACUCUA